AUGGGGGGCUGCAAGUCGAUACCCCAGGGUCCCGGCGACCGUCCACGAAGCAAGAGCAAGCGCCGCGGUAGCAGCAAUGCUGGGAACAGCAACGGCGACAGCGGAGACAGCAUCUCACCCGCCUCCACCUCAGAUCACAACAACAACCACAACAACAAUGGCAGCAGGAUCAAGGAGGGAUCGCUGAAGAAGCAACACGGGGCGGGCGCUGGUGAAGACGGAGGAGGCGGAGGGGGCGAGGCUUCGGGAAAGGGCUCGCGUAGGGCGACGACCACCGGCGCGGGAAAAGGGUCGGGGCGGAAGGGGACCACCGAGCUCGAGGAGGAGAAGAAGGCCAUCUCGGACAACGUGCGUGGCGGCCAGUUCCUCGACUACUACUUCGUCGGCCCUGAGAUCGGAAGGGGCGGGUAUUCGACGGUGUACGAGGUGACAUCGAAGGCCACCAACGAACGAUGUGCGGUGAAGUGCAUCGAAAAGAGGAUUCUGGAGAAGGGACGCAACAUCAAACUCCUCAGGAGAUAUUCGAAGGACGACAAGUGGUUCUACAUGGUGAUGGAGUACAUGCAAGGCGGCGAGCUCUUCGAGAAGAUCGUGCAGCGCGGCCGCUACUCCGAACGCGACGCCGCGCAGAUCUUCAAACAGAUCGUAUCCGGCGUGCAGUACCUCCACGACAAGGGCAUCGCCCAUCGAGAUCUGAAACCCGAGAAUGUGCUGUCGGCGGACAACGGCGACGGCGAUGAGAAGAUCAAGAUCGCCGACUUUGGGUUCUCGAAGGCGUUCGACGAGAGCACCCUCCGCACCAGCUGCGGGUCGCCCAACUACGUCGCACCUGAAAUUUUGACGGAGGACCACUACGACAAGAGCGUGGACAUCUGGAGUCUUGGGGUCAUCCUGUACAUACUACUCUGUGGGUAUCCGCCCUUCUACGCCAAGACCAACCCGGAGCUGUUCAAGAAGAUUAUGGCCUGCCGGUACGACUUUGACGACAAGAGGUGGCUCACCAUCUCCGAAUCCGCCAAGGACCUCAUCGGCAAGCUGCUGGUGCGGGACCCGGAGCAACGCCCCGCGGCGCAGCAGAUUUUGAUGCACCCCUGGAUCACCACCGCCGAACUGAUGGACGGCCUCGAGAGCUCCAGCAUCGAUCUUGUGAAACUGGCUGAGUACAACGUCAAGAGGAAGGAGGAAAAGGCCGAGCUGGUGAACGUUCUAUCCGCUCCAAUUUGA